AUGAAUCCAUCAGAGCUUAACCGCUCGAUAGAAUCUCUUACAAUGGCUGAGACAGACCCGAUCGUUGUGCUGAAAAAGAGAAAGACCGAGUUGGGUAACGCAUGCACGAAGUUAAAACCAUCUGGAUCAUUCGACCAGAGAUAUUGGGCACAAGCAGCAAAGACAGAGGAAAUAUCCCUCGAACGCGAGGAAAUCAAGCGGAAAGUAUCACGUGAAAGCUAUGUCGGCACAACCGCUCAAUGGGAAUAUACCGAAGACGCGAAGAGCAUUUUGGAAAAGAUUGAAGCCCACAAGAAGGCUAAACAGAUUUGUGAAAGGCGUGUCCAACAACUCGAUGAAGAAACGCCCCACAGAAGUCUAACGACUUCAUUUAUGAAGCUUUUUACAACGUCAAAGAUGGGAAUGAAUGUUGCACCUACAACGGGGCCACCAGGCCAGGGAAAACGGGAUCCGGAAGACCAGGCUAGAUUUCGAGCUAGCCUUAUCACAACCUACAACUCUCGAUACCAAGAAGGCCGGGACUACCCUGAAAUAGGGAAUUCAGACUGGCUUUGGUGCCCUGUACUACAUGCUUGGCAAGAUUCCCGAAACAUGGUAGCUGCGCACCUGUUUGCAUAUAUGCACGGCCAAAGCACAAUGGACGCCAUCUUCGGAAAAGCCCAGAAGGGGCCAGAGUUAUUCUCUCCUCGAAACGGAUUGUUGAUUAGCGCUGCUAUUGAAGAAUUCUUCGACUGCGGAAAAUUUGCAAUCGUCCCCGAUCUAUCGGACGGUGCCAAGCUACCAGAACUCCUUCGAUGGAUGUAUCAUCGCGGCCCCCGGGAGUAUAAAAUCAAGAUUUUGGAUCGAACGUGGGACAAAUUGGACCAGACAAUCAGUGUUGGGACCAACCUCAAGUUUAGAGACUUGGAAAAUCGGCGGUUACAGUUCAGGUCAAAUGCCCGCCCUGCGGGGCGUUACCUGUACUUCAACUAUUGCAUACAGGUUCUCCGAUCAGCUUGGCAACGGGCGGGAAAGGCCAAGACCAAAGGUGAAGCCUCCAAAAUUCUUCGGGAAGAGAACGGGAAGCCUUUUUGGGGCACCCCUGGGCGUUACAUUCCGCAAAAUAUGCUGAGAGCUUUCGUCGAAGAACUAGGGCAUGAAUAUGAGGCUCUUUUAGAGGGAGCUUCAAGAACUACGGGGGAUGAACAACUUUUGUUGGAUACGGCCACGAAUCAGGUAAAAAGAGAUAGGGGAUCUCUGGUGCUAGAUCCUUCUGAAGACGAGAAUGAGGAAAGCUACUCGCCGGACGAGAACGAGUAG